AUGCAGGGGAAGGCGCUUGUGCUGCUAUGCGUUUGGUCCUGUGCGAUUGAGGCUGUGAAGCAAAAUGCUCUCACCAUUCGAGCUAAACGACAGGAAUGCAAAUGUCUUCAGAACCAACUCGAAGGCGGGCUUACAUGCAGUUGUUCCAAGGCACCGGGGGCCGAAGCAGCGCAUAUGGAAACCGAAACAAUCCAUCAAACAGAACUCGCUCACGAACUCUCCAACAGCAUCCAGUCGUACCCUCAAAGCCAGGCUCGAUGUGGAUGUUUGCAAAUUGUAUUCCUUGGAACUCCCCAAUACCAGUGCCAGUGCGGAGACGGGAACGGAAACCCACUCCCUUCAACAACGAUCCCAACACCAACCACCACCAUGGCCCCCAUCACCACAACACCAACGCAGGCUCCUAUUGAAUAUCCGACGGUCCCAACGGUUACCCAAGGACCAGGACAAUGUCAAUGCGUGAUGAUCCGUAUCUCAGGACCAGCGUCAGCGCAGUAUCAGUGCAAUUGCGACAACACUCAAGAGUAUCCGACCCUGGCAGAAACGAUGCCCACUCCACCACCCGAGACAUUCGCUCCAAUCACAUAUCCACCACAGACACACGCUCCAUCGACAGAAAUUCCAGUCACUCUACCUACUGAGCAAACGCUUCCUACACAACAACAACCUAUUGGCCAAUAUCCGCUGACUACAACUUGCGUGAUGUACGUCGGUGUACAAACGUCGCCUUGUGUUUGCCUUCCACAGUACGAUCAAUGUGCGCAGAAUAUUUGCUGCUUGAAAGCGAGAUAUCGCAGCCAUAAGCAGGCUAUUCCGAUGCAACCGCAGAACGAUGCCGAUCCUUCUACCGUCGACAUGUUGAUGAACAUCCUGAAGAAGAUAAAAAAUAAGCUCAGCCAAUAA